AUGAAGUUCUCCAUCGCUACUGCCGUUGCUGCUUUCGCCGCCUCCGUCGUGGCUGCUCCCCCUGGCCAGGCCUCUGGCAACGGUGUCGGAAACGCUGGUAACAGCAACGUCCGCUUCCCCGUUAGCCAGGACACCACUGUCGAGCAGGCCUCCACCAAGUGUGGUGACCAGGCUCAGCUCUCUUGCUGUAACGAGGUUACCUACGCUGGUGACACCACCACCGAGCAGCAGGGUGUUCUCGCUGGUGCCCUCAGCGGCCUCCUCGGCCAGGGCUCCGGUGCUGAGGGUCUCGGUCUCUUCAAGGGCUGCUCCAAGCUCGACAUUGCCGCUGUUAUUGGUGUCCAGGACCUCAUCAACAAGAACUGCCAGCAGAACAUUGCCUGCUGCCAGAACUCUCCUUCCGAGGCCAACGGCGACCUUAUCGGUCUCGGCCUUCCUUGCGUUGCUCUUGGUUCCCUUCUCUAA